AUGGAAUUUAUCUUGAAGGCCUCUCUAUAUUCAUCUGCUUUUUCUGUAUUCUUUUUUGACUUUCCUCCACCUGGGACAAUCAAGACGCAAGAAGUUGGUCUUUUAGUAGCACCAGCAGACCCUAAGUCUUCUUUUGACGGAAUGAAUACGAAAGGGACAGAAGAGUCCUCACACAACACUGGGAUAUGUGAGAUCACGUCUGCCGGAGAAAUGUCUCCAGCAAUUACAACAAGCCCCUUCUCACCUUUUCUCAAUGCUUUGACAACCUCCUUGACACCCCUCUUGACAUGUUUAGCCUUGGAGGCUUUCUUGACAGUCUUGAGAACUUUUUUGUUCAAUUUCUUUGGCGCAAGGGGCUUUGCGAAGGGCAACACAGCUGCCAUACGCUUGUCGUAG